GUCACUCUCAGGGCUGAGGCAGAAGCACCCUGAUCUCGCCUGCGGGUUGGAAGACCCCGCCGACAGCAAAGGUAACGCUUUCCUCUUCUGCAGCUUCGACAUCCUUCUCCUUUCUUCCUACUUCAUUUGAGAAAAUCAAUCGGAAACGCAAGAUGGAGACACUUCCCGAACCACUGCUGCUCCGUAUCCUGUCUUUCUUGCCGGCGGUGGAUCUGGUCCUGGUGUGUCGCCUGGUUUGCUCUCAAUGGAAGGCCUUGAUUGACGGGGCGGCCCUUUGGCUCCUGAAAUGCCAGCAAGAAGGAUUUGCAGGACAAGAGGCGGAAGAGGACAGCGCUGAAAGCUGGCAGACACUAUAUUUUCUCAACAAGAGGAAGAGGAACCUCAUCAAGAACCCAAACGGAGAAGAGGGUUUGGAACAUUGGGUGGAUCUGGAGAACGGGGGCGAUGGGUGGAAUACGGAGGACUUGCCCGGAGAUUUUGGGAAGGACUUCCCCAUUGAAGACGUCCAUCAGUACUUCGUCUCAUCCUUUGGCUGGUGCAGCAAGGCUCAAGUCAUCGAUCUCCGGGCUGAGGGCUACUGGGAAGAGCUGAUGGACACCGUCCAGCCCAAAAUUGUGGUGAAAGACUGGUACGCUGCUCGAUGCGACGCUGGCUGCCUCUACAGCCUGAAGGUCAAGCUACUCUCCGAGAACGAGGACGUGGUGGCCGAGUUCGAGAGCGACACCAUCGCGGUCCCCCAGGACAAUGAAGGCGAAUGGAACGAGAUUACUCACACCUUCAGCGACUACGGCCCGGGCGCCCGCUUCAUCCGCUUCGAACAUGGAGGCCAGGACACCUGUUUCUGGAAGGGAUGGUAUGGGGCGCGGGUGACUCACAGCAGCGUCACGGUCGAGCCCUAAGGAUCUCGAAUAGAGUGUUCGACGGGAUUCAGGACCUCUGGGGACAACAGGAUCCUAUCGAAUUCCCCAAUCCAAUAUUGCCUUCCUCAUAGAAAUGCAGCUACGCAUAGCUUGAACACCACAUGCCCAUAUGAGGGGGGGAUGCUGGGCACUGUAGUCCAAGCCAACCCCCUGUUGAGUUUGGAAAUAAUAGACUCAAUGGAAAGUCGCAAUCUUGUGCUGGCUUGUAUCUGACCUACGGCAACCCUAUGGCAGGGUUUCCCCGUUUGCCAUUGCCUUCCUCUGAAGCUGAGAGAGUGUGACUCGCCUGAGGCCACCCAAUGGGUCUCCAUGGCCAAUAAUGAUUCGAACCCAAGUCUCCUUGGACAGGCACACUGACACGCAAAUAAAUAUCUCACCGCAA